AUGCAGAUGCAGCAGCAGGUGCAGCAGCAGGUGCAAGCUACUGUCCGACCUGCACUGUCCAUUGAGUCCUACUAUGAGCGAUUCCGUAGGCUCAACCCACCUAUGUUUGAUGGUGGAGCUGACCCUCUGGUUGCUGAGACCUGGAUUCGGGAGGUAGAGAAGAUGUUCAAAUCCUUGCAAUAUACCGAAGAAGUGAAGGUCAGAUUGGCUAUCCCUAUGCUGAAGGGGAAUGCAGAGUUCUGGUGGACAGCCAUUGAAGCUGCACUCGAGGGUGAGGAUGAGCUACCGACAUGGGAGGAAUUCAAGAAGAUAUUUUAUGACCAGUAUUUUUCUGAGUCAAUCAGAAUAUCUAAAGAAAAUGAAUUUUUAUCUCUGAGGCAAACAAAUGAUAUGACUGUGCUAGAAUAUGCUAACAAAUUUACUGAGCUGGGUCGAUUCUGUCCUCAGAUGAUAGAGGUUGAGAGAAGCAAGGCUAACAGAUUUGAGCAGGGCUUGAGGGACAAAAUUCGAUCCCGGUUGUCAGUUCUGAUUUUUACCAGCUACGGAGAGGCCCUGGAGAGAGCACUGAAGGUAGAAGCAGAUCUAAAGAGGUCAGAGAAGGAAAGAGAUGAUCCAAAGAGAUCCAGAAUGAUUGAAAAUCAUAAUGUCAGGCCAGGGGACACUGAGGGUAAUGCAAAUAAGAAGAAGAGAUUUGAGGCUUGUACCUACUGCAGCAAGCCUCAUGGGGGGCCUUGUCUUAAGAAGAUGGGAGUUUGUUUCACUUGUGGUCAGCAUGGACAUUUGGCACGGGACUGCCCAAAUAAAAAGGACUCGGAACCUGUUGAAUAUGGUGCUCGACUUUUACAUUGA